GAAGAAAAGCCCAAAAUCGAGAGGGACUACGGGUUUGCUGGUGAUAAUCCUAAGGAACGUUUACCUGAUCCAAAAUAUCGCAGACAAAGCAUGAAGUUUCAAGUCGAGGCCGGCGAAAGGGUAGCGCUCGUCGGUUCCAGCGGUUCGGGAAAAAGUACUUUGACAGCACUCCUUCUACGAUUUUAUGAUCCCGACAGUGGCUCGAUUCUUUUGGAUGGUGACAACAUCAAGACAAUGUGCCCGGAUGAACUUCGCGGUAUGUGCUCACUCGUUUCUCAAGAACCCAUACUCUUCGACGGGACUAUUAGUGAUAAUAUCCGAUAUGGAAGGCUAGACGCCACUCAAAGGUCUGCAGCUGUCUGGAGGCCAAAAACAACGAGUUGCUAUUGCUCGAGCCGUGAUAAGGUAAGACAAUUACGGUAUGGCGCCUUCAUCCAGGUCUGCUGCCACUACGCAGUCGCACGCCGCUCGCAGCUGCGCUUGAAUCAGGCAACGGCGGGAACACAAAUAGUCGGACGUCGAGCUGCUGCGGCGAGGCUAGCGCUCAACUGCUUGUGGCUGCAAUGA